AAACAAUAUGGCUGCGGAAAACUCGUGGUGUCAGGAGCUUUACUCUUGAUUUUCAUGUAAGAGUGAUUAACUGGCCGAUGCUUUCCCUUGGACAAAAUAGGGAUACACUGGCCUCUCUCUCGCCGCUUUCUUGACAACACAUACAGCUCCUCUCCAUUUGCCAAAUUUUUGAUCCAGACACCUGUAGAAACAAGUAACUACUGCAGCGUCCUCUACAUGCAUAACUAGGAAUUGGUUUUGGGACACAUCCUGGGUAUUGCAAAAAGUGAAUGACUGGAGUCGCCUGACAUUCGUCAACACCUACAAUUGCCUUUACGGUUCCAUUUAGGAGGCAUAUUAAAAGACCAACGCUCACUGCACCCACACACGCGCAACGUGUGAUUAAUAACGAUCGAUUACGAAUUACUUACGAGGUAUGAUCGCAAUGUAUCAUCGAUGAAGAAGCUGAAAAAAACAUCGGAUAGCGCGAGAGGCGGGCAAGCAGCAGGUGCGCUGAAUGCGAGCGGAGAUGCAUCACCCACUCGCGUUUGCAGAGAUUUCCUACGGAACGUGUGUCACAGGGGCAAACGUUGCAAAUAUCUGCACGAGCGAUCCGAGGACGACCCUGUGGAGGAGUAUACAUUUUGUCAUGACUUCCAGAACGGAAUGUGUAAUUGGCCUGGAUGUAAAUUCCUUCACUGUACAGAAAGCGAGGAGAAACGUUUCAGGGCGACGGGAGAACUGCCUGCUCAUAUUCUAACCAGGCUGAAAAGCACCAAUGAGAAAUCAGAGUACCCUAUGUGCAAAGACUUCAUCAAGGGUAGCUGUCAAAGAACGAAUUGCAAAUUUAGACAUUGGAAAGGCGAGGAACCGCAACACAACUUGAUCGUGGCUUCUCAUCAUAACGUGUCCAGACCACAACACAAUUUCAAUGGUCCUAGUAAUGGGGAAAAUCGCAGAUACGAGGAAGAUAGGAACUUUCAUUGGCAAAUGGAAGAUCAGCAUAACUUAGUUCCAAACAAUAGCUUCAACACAUCGUCACAUCCUCCUGAUUACAUAGGUCCACCCGAACCAAAGAGACGAAUAGUUUCUGGUGAAACUGUUGUUCAUUUUGAAGCUUCGCCACUCGUCGGCCAACAUACCGCACAGCCGGUCACUUCAGGGUAUUAUUAUCCAGUGAUACCGCGGAACGAAGCCAGAGCAAUUGUAUUAGAGGAUGAGAAUGCAUUAUUAAGGAAAAAGAUAGAAGACUUAAAGAAACAAGUGAGUGAUUUAACAGCAACUAACGAGUUUCUUCUGGAUCAAAAUGCCCAGCUAAGAAUGUCAGGGAAACGAACUGCUAAUGUAACAGCAGUUACAGUUCCAGCAGUUACCAUUACCAAUACUGUUCCACCAUCGCAAGCUCCAACGCCUCAACAAAUGGUCAACGCAGCAGUAGCUGCUGGAACGUUGCGUACGGUAACUGCAAGUGUUGCAACUGUCCCUGUAAGUAUAGCCACAGUUGCACCUGUGUCUAUAGCAGCGGUUUCGAUGGCACCAGUAUCUAUACCACCACCCAUCGUUACAAUGGCCCAACAAACGAUUACGAUGAGCGGUUCAGGUCCGCAAGCGACUAAUCAACAACCACCUAAUACACAACAACCUGCCAGUUUACCUCUUUCGAUAUCUGGUGCAACUGCACCAAUGGUUUCUUAUCCUAUUAUGACUCAAGAACUUAGGCCCGUGUUGCAGUAAGUCACAUAUGAGAAAGGGAACGUCAAACGAUACCUUAAUCUCACAGACAAGUCAACGUUUGUUUUCUGCAACGUUGAAACAUUCAAACGAAUGUUUUCUGCAUUCAGUCUUUCAAGAUAAUAACGUAUUUCUAUUAAUUCUUUAAGCAUAUGUGGUGAACGCAUAGAAUAGAUAUAUCUAGAGUCGAUCAAAAAUAUAUUCUUUAGAGAAAUGCAACGUUGAAAAUAUCACACUAAUUAACGAACACAACAUCCUAGAUAUUUAUGUAGGAAAUCGUAAAAAUUAUCGUACAGGACAAACGUAACGAUCAUAACUGUUUUUUCAGCAGUAUGGUUUAAGUGGAAUGCCUUUAUUGAAGUCCUUUAAAUCUAGUAAUUUCGUUUCUUUUAGUGAUAUACCCUGGAAAGGGUAAUUAUUUUUUCGAUAUUAAUAUAUGCAACAAAAUAAAUAUCCAAAGUGUGUAUAGAUUUAGACUAAUAAGAAUACUGAUCUAAAACCAUGUUAAUGGUUGAUAAUAUUCUCCUAUUUUUUUUGAUACCUUAGUAUCGUGAAAAUACAAAUAAUUUUGUAGAUAAUUUUUUGUGUCAUUAAAAUAAUAAUCGGAUGCAAAAAAAAACUGUAAAUUAAAAAAAACAUAGGUAAGUGAUGACUCGUUUAGGCUAAUAUGUUAAGAUAAGUACAAAUUAGGGUGGAGUAUGUAAAUUAAAUAUCUUAAAAGUUUAAAGUUAAGGUUUACCGCUGCUUUGAAAAUGGUGGUGAACUUUGCGACUGUUCUGUACGCAGUUUUGUAAAUAGUACCGCUGCUACCUGGUUUUGUCACCAAAAUUUUUAUACUUCCAUUUUUAAGAAAUAAUUUAAUUAUCUUUAUAAAAUAGUGAUAUUUUAACAUAUUAAGUACUUGUUACGGUUUUUUGUGUUUUUACAAUUUACUUAAGUAAAAAAUUUUGAGUUCGCGUGAUGAAUUCAAAUCGUAUGACUACGGAUUCAAACUGAUCAAUAAAUAUAAGAAACAGGUACAAUAAAGACUUGUAAGGUGCAUCCUGUAAACCAAAUAAACGUAUAGCUAUUUGUUCAA